AUGGGUUGGUUGGGUGUUGUGUAUGUGAGGGGUAAAGGUGAGGUGUUGGUUGGUGGUAAGGUUGUGGUGGGAGGGGGGGUUUGGGUGGAGAGGGGGUAUGGUGGGGGGUGUUUUGGGAAAUUUUUGGGGGGAGGGUUGAUAGGGGGUCGUAUUGGGUUAAGUGGAGGGGUGAUGGGGGUAGGUGGUUAUGGUGGUGGGGUUGGUGUGGGGGGUAGUGGGGGAGUGGGAGGGGGUUGGGUUGUUUAUGGGGUAUAUUUUUUUGUGGGGGGGUUUGAUGUGGUUUUGGUUGGGGGUGGGGUUUGUGGGAGUAUUGUGGGUGUGGAUGAAUGUUGGGGGGGGUGGGUUAUUUGUGAGGUAGGGUGUGGGUUGUGUGGUUUUGGGGGUUGGUGGGGGGGGGGAGGGUGUUUUGUAGUUUGUAUGGGAGGUAUUGGGGGGGAGGUGGGUGUUGGGGGUGGGGGUGAUGGGGGUUGGGGGGAUAAUAUGGGUGGGGGGGGGGGGGGGGGGGUUUUUUGGUUUUUGUGGGGGGGGGAUUGGUGUGGUGUGAGGGAGAAGGAUUUGUUUAUUGUUUUUUUAGGGGGGGGGGGAGGGGGGAAAUGUGAGAUAUUGGGGGGGGGUGUGGUAGUGUUGGGUAUUGUGUGGUGGUGUUGUUUGGGGGUGUUGGGUUUUGUGGGGGGUAUUGGUGAUUGGUAUGUAGUUUAUUGGUAUUUGGUGGGUGAUGGGUGGGGUAUGGUUUAUGUGUGGUUUGGUUGGGGUUUGGGGUUGGUGAUGUGUGUUGGUUUAUGGUGGGGGGUUAGUGGUUAUUUUAGGUGGGGUUUGGGGUUGUGGGGGAUUGGGGGUUGGUGA